AUGUCCGAUGCCUCCGGGGUUGAAAUCAGCCCGGCGGUGAGUCUGAGCAAUGCUGCCACCACCACUGCCGCCGCCGCCGCCGCCGCGGCUGCUCCUGGCGCCGGCUCCGGCGCGGGGUUCUCUGCCGCCACCCUGCCCGGCCCCCCGGCCGCCUCUGUCACCAUCCGACAGCGGACCUGUUCCUUCGACAUGUGCCAGGUGACCGACAGCACCGGCGGGUGGUUUAGCCGCGAGCCCGGCCCACCGGACAUGGCCGGCCCAUCGGCCGCGGGGUACCCCUCGCGCGGGGGUGUCCCACCGGCCCCGGCCCCGGCCCCGGCCCCGGCCCCGGCCCGGGCGUCGGUCUUCGCCGGCGCGGCCGACCUCUACUCCAGCGUGAGCUUCCGCCCGGAGGACCUGCUCAUCCCGGUGCUGGCCCCCCUCGGGGCCGAUGGGGACUUGGACCUGCCGGACGGCGACCUGGACCACCCGGAUGGCAGCCCCCUGCCAGGGCUGGCUGGCCUGGGCCCGGACGAGUCGCUGGUUCUCGACGGGGCGGAGGCCGACUCGCUGAUCCUGGCCGCCGGCGGGCUUUUCCCCCGGCCCGGGACCGACUUCUGCCACUCCGGGCACCCGGUGUCCGAGUGCUUCGGCCUCAGCAGCUUCCUGGUGCUGGCCCCCCUGGAGGAGGGCACCCAGCUGAACCUGCACCAGGCGCACUUCCUCCUGUCGGCCUUGUCGCUGGCCGUGCGCGAUGUGGCCCUCGAUGCGGCCACCUUUGUCCCCUACGGCCAGCAG